AUGUCGCAAGAUCCUCGAGCACUCCUCCAGCAGGCCGACAAGGCCGCCUCAUCCGCUGGGGGCGGCUUCUCCCUCUUUGGCGGGCGCACAGAGAAAUUCGAGCGCGCCGUCGAGCUCUACACCCAGGCAGCGAAUGCCUUCCGCAUGCAGAAAGCCGGUCGCGAAGCAGGACAAGCUUUCGAGAAAGCUGCAUCGUUACAACAGCAGAAACUCAACGAGCCUGACGAUGCCGCGAACACACUCACAGAAGCCUUCAAGAGCUACCGAAAAGACGAGCCGGAGGAUGCGGCGCGGUGUUUGGAGCAGGCCAUAAACCAUUACACAAUGAAGGGCAACUUCCGAAGAGCGGCAGGGUACAAGCAACAACUAGCGGAGCUGUACGAGGUGGAGAUAGAUGAUCAGAAGAGAGCGGCAGAGGCGUAUGAGACGGCGGCCGGUUGGUUUGAGAACGAUAAUGCAGAGGCACUUGCAAACAAGCUGUACCUCAAGCUCGCCGAUCUCUCUGCCCUUGAGAAGGACUACUACAAGUCCAUAUCCAACUAUGAGCGCGUCGCCAAAUCCAGCAUAAACAACAACCUGAUGAAGUGGUCGGUAAAAGAGUAUCUCCUCAAGGCAGGUAUAUGUCAUCUCUGCACCGGAGACAUGGUAGCCACCAACCGAGCAUUGGAGAGCUAUCGCGAUCUUGAUCCGUCAUUUGCCUCGACACGGGAGCACCAAUUGCUUGUAGAUUUGGUGGAAGCGGUAGAUGAAGGUGAUCAGGAGAAGUUCGCAGACAAGCUGUUCCAAUUCGACCAGCUGAGCAAGCUGGACAAGUGGAAGACGACGUUGUUGCUGCGGGUGAAAGAGGGUAUCGAGGAGAAGGGUGAAGAUUUCUCAUGA